CUUGCACGCUCUACGGGCAUUACUUCGAAAAUACGGUUCCCGCUUGUCAGCGAUGAUUUCGGUAUCGACAGCCCUCUAUUCCAGAUCCACGGGUCUCGUACGGUGGAUGGAAACCCUGUUAGACGGUGUCGUGGAGCUAGUGCCACUGCAGCAACCAGUUCACGCUCAGCCGGGGUCGAAAUCAGACGACGCCGCCCAAGGAAUGCUCAACAUACACCGUCUUCCUGUAUCCGGUGAGCUUGGCAUUGGCCCAGGAGGCAGGCUCUCUCAAGAGAAUCUUUCCUUCAAGUUGAGCUCAUCGAGCGGGUUGGUGAUCAAACCCUAUAGCCUGCCUCCUGUUGGGAACACUGCAGAUGCAAAUGACGCUGCCUCAAAAGAUACUAAGACCCAUGAUCUAUCAUUCUAAUGAAACGGCGAUAUUUUCUGAGACAACCCUGCAGAUGAGGCCAAGGAGUUAUGGGACUCGUAUGCUCGCUGAGAGCAGCUGCCAUUAGCCAUACCAAUGACAACAAAAUAAUGCAACACAUGAGCAACGUGAUAACAAGGGAUUUCAUUCGACCGUAUUCCUUGGGUCAGAUGUAGCCUUUCCACAUAGAGUCAUAGUGGGCGGGCCCUUAAGAGUACCCUUCUUAGAUAUGAAUAUUGCCUGGAUCACGCACCAUAGAAAGUGCAUAAUGUGCUUAGAUAGAUAUCUGCUAAACAGACAUUGAAUUUCUGA